CAUGUGUCUUAUCCGCCCACUCUACUUAUUGUGCGGCAUCUUAUUCCAAUUCCCAGAGAAAUAAAUACCGGAAGAAGAACUAUUUCAUUGUGCCAGCGCACCAAUUCCUGUACGCGUACGCUUUUCUCGCGCUUUGCGAAGCGAGACCAAGCUCUCACAGCCGACUUUCAACUCUCAAAAAUGGAGGAUAGUGCCGUUGUUAACAAUGAUCAGCGCCCCGCGAUCAUGGUCACCAACGACGACGGUAUCGAUGCGCCAGGACUACGCGCUCUCGUUCGCGUUCUCGUCUCCACGAAUCGCUACCAAGUCCUUGUUUGCGCCCCUGACUCGGAAAAGUCGGCAGUUAGUCAUAGUAUUACUUGGCGUCAUCCUCUUUCUGCGCAGCGAGUCGACAUUGAUGGAGCAACAGCGUUUGCAGUUUCUGGCACUCCAGCUGAUUGUACUUCUUUAGGGAUCUCUAAAACUAUCUUCCCUGUGAUCCCUGAUCUGGUAGUUAGUGGCAUAAACAUGGGGAGCAACUGUGGUUAUCACAUCAUUUACUCAGGCACAGUUGCUGGUGCUCGAGAGGCUUUCUUAAAUGGCAUACCUGGAGUCUCUACAUCAUAUGAUUGGGUUGGAGGCAAGAGCAGUGUGCAGGACUAUAGUAUUGCUGCUGAAGCUUGCUUACCGAUCAUAAAUGUGGUACUUACAGAGAUUAAGAAUCAGACUUAUCCUCUAGGGUGCUUUUUGAAUGUAGAUUUUCCAACUGAUGUUGCAAAUCAUAAGGGGUAUAAGCUGACUAAGCAGGGUAAAAGUAUCGUUAAAAUGGGCUGGAGGCAAGUUACAGCUGAUACACAGGGGGGGGAAAUGUUAUCAACGAUGACUAUGGAAACAGAUUCAGCAUCAGCGACAAAUUCUGAUUCAAGAUCUAUAUCACAAGGAAAUUUGUUGUUCAGGAGAGAAGUAAGGGGAGCCCAUGUUGACAAUGAUGAUACAGACCAGCAUUCACUUCGUGAAGGAUAUAUUACCGUCACUCCUCUUGGUGCCCUUUCCCAGGCAGAGACAGGUACCACGAAUACUUACUUCAGAGAUUGGCUACCAAGAGUGGUUGACUCCCCAUCUUCAUCUGCCUUAUAAUGUUGCGAGAUCCUUGUCAUGCAUAAGAGGCCACAGCUUCUGCCUUGUGAGGUUUUUUCUUAAUUUUUCUUGGAUUGCACAUCAAGAUUGUUUAUAACAUUAUAUGAACUUACUGGAGAAGGGAAAGUCCAGUAAUAAAUGUGUUCUUAUUUCUCCAUUUUAUUUCUGAUUAGUCAUGGCCUCAUGGGGGAUAUAUUCUUAAUCCAUUGAGGAAGGGGGGAACAGACCUUGUACUUUGCACCUUAUUUCUCCUUUAAAUCUUUAAUGCGCUUGGGGGGAAUUCUGAUGUGGUGUUUACCUACCAACCAGUUUGUUUUCAAUCCA